UUCUAUUUUAUUUCACUAUCACUCUAGGGCCUUUGAAUGUCGAUACCACGAUUGAAAUACAACUUUAUUCUAGAAAAUAAAAUAAAAUAGUGUUCCGUUAUAAAGCGUACCUACGAUGACCGAAAACGUCAAAUCAAACAUAUUUGCUGUUCACCACUACCGCUCUAUAAACGAUAUAAAUGAAACGUGUCGAAAUAAAUGAAUACGUUUUCUUCGAUAUUUAAUGUUUUGGGAGCAACAAUCGAGACGUCGCGUGUACUGUUGUUUGCAUUGACUGCAUUCUUGAUUGAUAUUUAUGUAUUUUUCAUGGUAAGAAGGACUUACAUAAACAUGUAUCAUUUUACUAACGAGUUUUCUUUUUAAUUAAAUCAUAUAGCUACGGGAUACCACAUUCAAACUUGAAUUAUUGCGGGGGCUAACAUUAUCCAUUUAUCCGAAAUAAAAUAACCUGCACUCCGAUGAUUAUUUAGGUCAUGAUCCACGAAAAUUCCAAUCACUGAAGGAGGGGGUUUUAAAAAUGUAUAAGCUCCCGGAGAUCCACGCAGAUUUUAGAUGGCGAAGAUGACCGAUAUUAUUCCAUAAAAUAAACUGUCAUCUGUAGAUUUUUCAAGAUUAUCUUUGACUACCCCUGAUGAUUAAGUUUUACGCGACGAUAAAACUAUCGUGAAAAAUACAAAUAUUUCAAAUCGCACCAAAAAUAAUUGACAGCCGACGGAUGAUUAUCGUGUCGAUUAGAAAAAUAUUCGACUGAACGCGGAUGUAAUUUUAAUAUAAACUCGUGGCUCUACCUAUGAACGUAUAAAACCACCCUAAACCGUUUCUCCCUCAGAGUAAGCAAAAGUCGAAUUACCACGCCAUACACGCGAGUGUAUAGAUAGCGCCCAAACACUCGCCAGCGGAUGCUCACCGAUUCGCAAAAGUCCGUCAGUCGACUAAACCGAAUCAAACGAGAACGUCGCAAGCUUUCCCGAUAGCGACUAGGAAAACUAAUGGCCGAAACUGUCGCAAACGACGAGAAGAAAAUGCGGAGCCGACUGCCCAGCCAGGACGAAGGAUCGAGACUGCUCGGCGAACCGGCCGAGGAUAGCUUCUGUGAGCGCAUCAAGCCCAAAGUGAGCCUGUGUCUAGGCACUACAGCCGUGCUGUCGUUCAUGGUGUUCCUGUUCCUCGUGCCGUUUGUUGUCGACCCGGCGGUGUCCCGGCUGAUCGCCCGGUACGCGCCCGAGCCCGGGACGUGCGCGCUGCAUGAGCACGUGUUCGCCGCGGGACUGAGCAAGUGUACAUGGUCGUCGUGCCGGGAGGGCUGCACGUCGGCCACCACGCGGUGCCAUCAGAUAACCGUAAACUAUUCACUGACGCCGUACCAACAAUACGAACAGGACCGCAUGUCUCCUGAGUCGCUGGAAUGGGCAGGCACGGCGGUCCGCUUCCUGGUGAACACCGAAGGCUGCGGUUAUCCGCCGUUCGUUAACUGCAGCACGUUCGCCCAUAAGUACGGCCACGUAAGUUUGGAGGACAUCCUCAAGUUUAAUGUCAUCGACCAGCCGAUGAUCCAAGUACUUUACAAUCACGGUAACGAGACAUCGCUGGGGCCACCUCCACCGCCAAUGUUGUUGGAGGGCUCUGACAGCACGCUGCAGACGACGGCUGUUGAACGCCGGGAGAGAGAAAUUUCCGCCGUGGCGCCGGAAGUCGCAUUAAAAGUUUUCCCGUGUUACUACAGCCGCGCUUACCCAGACAGGGUGGUGGCCGACUAUGACUGGCACCACACCAUCAAGACUCUGGUGGCCGCCGUGGUCAUACCCUGGACGCUAUUCGUCCUGUCGUGCACAGUACUGUGUUACUGGUACUGUCCGGCGCUCAAAAGGGAGUUCAUGAUCGACAGGAGAAGGACAGCGGCAAUCAAAAACGAAAACCCACAACUAGUGAUCAGGAGAAAAUUGUCCAAACGGCCAUUCAGCACAGAUGAAGAAGAUGGCGAAUUUUGAUCAAUAGACUCACACAUUUGCUAUUUAAUAAUGGCUUUUUUCAGGCACAGAAGCGAAUGCUAAAUUUUCAGUUCACUGAUUCGGUCUAACUAAGUUUAUACUUGCAAUUGUAUUCUGCUUUAACUUCACACGAAUCUAAUUUCAAUAAUUGUGUACGCCAAAAAUUAUUUUCUAUCUUAAAAAUAUUUUUUUAAAAUUACUUAUACAAGUUUAUAAUUGUUUACAAAGCCUACAAAAGCUAAUUGCUUUAGUCAUGCCUAAAUGAAUUAUUUUUUAUACAUGUAUAUUUCACUUUUUAUAAAAAUAGUUUAUAUAGACGUAUA